CGACCACUCGUCAUCAGUUUUACCGUAGUCAUCUCGUACCCGUCGUACUAAGUUUGUCGUCUAAUCCGCUACGAACACGUUCGAGCACAACGGCUUAACCACGGUUAUUGUAUUCGGUUCGGUUCGGUUCGUCAUAUUAUCAUCGAUCUACAUUUGUUUUGACGGGAUGUAGAGUUUUCGAAAAACGGCGGGCAGACGUAAUAUUAUAACAUUAUAUCCGGUAAAAAUAAUUUAGCCGGACCCGUCGAAGAAGGGGCGUCAUCCUGCCUCCACCGCCAACACCGCCACCAACGCCACCGCCUUCCAACACCGUCUACUCGCCGCAGCAUUACUCCCGAGCGGAAAAUGCGGUGGACAAUUGCAGUUGUCGUGUUGGUUAAUAUAUCGCUGUCCCGCGAGGAAUGUUUUCCCCCUCGGUCCAUUUACUGUUACGAAUGCGACAGCGCCAAAGAUCCGCGUUGCAAAGAUCCGUUCAACUACACAGCCAUGCCUCAAGACCAACCGCCUCUGGUCAGCUGCAACGGCUGUUGCGUUAAAAUGGUCCGGUACGUGCGAACGUCAUACGAAAGCAUCAAGAGAACAUGCACGUCUCAACUGCAAAUCAACCUGUUCAUGGUGGACCACGUGUGCAUGAUGGAGGGAACGGGCACAGGACACAUGUGCUUCUGUGAAGAAGACAACUGUAACGCGGCCACCGGACCAGCACGGUCAUCGGCGAUAGUGUCCGGUGCUGUAGCCCUAGCAAUGUACACCCUGAAACUGCUAUUGCACCGGUAGAUAUGGUCGAAAGGGCCAACAGUGUUUCAUCAUACAUUUAUUUACAACUUUUAUUUCCCCUAAGUGUAUAUUAUUAUUUUUUUAUCAUCAUUACACAUAAUUCUAUACGUAAGAACUAAGAAGUAAUAACUAAUAAUAAUAACAAUCAUGUCAUUAAUGUCGAAGUGUGUUAACACUACAAGAGCUCUAGUUGACGUAAUAAAAACUAUGCCACAUUGUUAUAAAUGUUCAGUUUUUUUUUUUUAUCAUAAAUACUAUUUACCACCAUUAAAAUGACCAAUCAUUAAGUACAAUAAAACAUAUGU